AUGACCGAUCACGCAUAUACCCUGGCCCAGCUUUACCUUCCUGAGCUUCGUGUCAUGUCUUCUCGUCACAGCUACGUUCACGAUAAAACUCUUAGGAAUUUCAAGCAAGCUGGAGCCAUCUUGAACAUCAUCGUGUCUCCUCUCAUCUCUCAUCUAUCUCGUGAGGAGCAGAAGUACCUGGUCGGUUCUAUCAAUGACGCCGAAACGCUAUUGUCCAAUCCGCUCGAUAUAUUGAAUGAGCUGAUCGCAGCCUGGAAGAUUCGUCAUUUCGAACUAUUCACCAAUUGGCGCUCGCUCCCUGUCUCAGGUGUCGAACAAUACCAUUUUGGGGUCAAACUGCCUGUUCCGCUUUCACUCGAGGAGAUCCUGACACCACUGCCAUAUCCUUCAAAGGUUUCUCAAGUCAAGAGGACGCGGAUCGUGGGUUGUCAAAAGACGGCGAAUUUCUGUACGAAUUCUUCUUGUGACCAGCGAGAUCAACUUCGAAAGCCUAUGGAUCUCCAACCCGCCACUCGCUUCGUCCCUUCAAAAUGUACAAACGGAUCCAAUAUCAAAGCAUUGGAUUCUAUACCUCGGCAAUUUGUUCUCUCUCACUUGAGAUAUGCACAAUCUUCUUCAGAUUCUUCAUCUGUAUCGACCGAUGAUUGUGGGUUUAGCAGUAUGAGUAGUAGAAGCAGUUCGCCUCUGAUUGCGGACGAGAUUUAUGAAGAGAGUACUUGGGACCUUGUUGAGGAAGGAUACGAUCUCGAUCUUGGGUGUGCCUGUCACCUGGAACAUGUUUGUGGAGCCUAUGUCGGAUGCCGGUCGAUGGGUAACAAGGCGGGAAGGUACCAUUUAAAGCGUAGUGGCACAAGGAUCAUGGAUAGUUGGAGGAGUUUAUUAAAGACGCGAUAG